CGCGACAUGACAGUCAUGCAGGCCCACUUUCUCCAUAUGGUCCUCGGUCCAACUCCAGAGGCUACGACCCGGUCCCGCGCGAACGCUCACGCCAAACCUCUACCAGCUCAUACGCUCACAACGGCGCACCAAGUCCAUAUAUGACUCUCGGACCCGAGGAACACCACUAUCGGACUCCUACUGGACCACUGAGUCGCCCGAGCAGUGACAACUAUGGCCCUGCUGGUCCCGAGUGUUCCAAGAAGUACUUGGGCAUACGAGAGCUUCCAGGAGAGGGCACGUUCCACCUAUACGAGGGAGGAUAUCGCAUUCCUACACAUGUCGAUGGCGAGACUGUGAACCCUGCUUGGGGUCUGACCAAAGCCAACAAGCCGAGGAAGCGGCUAGCGAUGGCCUGUCUCGACUGUCGAGAAAAGAAGAUCAAGUGCGAACCAGGCGCUUCGAGUUGUUUGCAGUGUGAGAAGGCGAAGCGGCCUUGUCGAAAGGCGCCUUCGCACCAAUCCCAGAGCGAAACGUCUUCAGGCUCCGUCUGGCCUACCGGAACAGGAUCCCCACCUGGAAAGAGCGUUUCAGCUUCGAGUCCCCACCAGGGAGAAGAUAUGGAGCAUGAAAUGGCGAGUAAGCGACGUACGAUGGAUGAACACUCUCCUUCUGGAAUACCCAACAAGAGGCACCGUUCUGCAUCGCCCAUCUACGGUGGGAACGGCGCGGUCGCCCCGCCCGUCACCAUGCCGUACCAUCAAACUUCACCUACGGCGACGAGACCUCAAGGCAGAGGUCUGUCGUGGGCGGAGGACCCUUUCGCAGUAGAUCCUGAUGUCACGCUACAAGUACUCGAACACUUCUUCCAGGACGUGAACAAUGCGACCUACGGCAUUUUCCCCCGGCAUCAUUUCCUGGGUUGGGUGCGGGCAUGUCCUGAGAAGUCCCGUGAUGAGAAGCUUCUGCUAUAUGCAAUGCUUGCCAUUGGGUCGAGAUUCGCCGAAGACACUCAUGCUGCUUUUGGAAAGCAGUGCGCGCACGUCGCCGCCGACGCAUUGCGCAAUACGCAAGGACAAAACAGCAUCGCCGUGGUGCAGGGUCGCUUGCUCCUGGGGCUAUAUCACUAUGCCAAGGGGGCUAACGAGACUGCCUGGGAGCUUAUUGCUGCUGGGGUCAGUGCAGCACUUUAUCUUCGAUACAACACCGAGGACGGUUGCUCCCGACACGACACGAAUGGAAGGAGCGAUUUUGGACUUUCGACGGAACAGCUCAUCGAGUGUAAACGCCGCACGCUAUGGUCUGCAUUCAUGAUGGACCGCUAUUGCGGCAGUCGGUGUACACUGAUCAAUCCGAAGGAUAUUUUCUUGCGACUCCCAUGCCUAGACGACAGCUUCGAGCGAGGCGUCCAGUCCGAGGCACCCCAUUAUGACAACGGCAUUAUCGACCCGGCCAUGGCGAACGUGACACCCGCGAGUCCGAUCUCGCCCAUGGGCUGGCUCUGUCUGAUGGCUGCUCUCUGGGGCGAAGUAGUCGACUUUGUCUAUCGAGCACCGCACCGAUCGAGCGUCACCUACCAGGAUGCGUACGAGAGAUUCUAUGCGCAGACAUCGGCCGUUCUCCAGAAUUGGUUGUCCCGGUUGCCAGAACAAUUGCGGUUAUCACGAGACAAUGUGGAACGCAGCAUCAAGGGGGGCUAUUCCGGGCCGUAUGUUUUGAUGCAUCUCCUGUACCACCUCUCGUGGGUCAAGAUGAAUCGAUUUGUCAGACAUGCUCUGAUUGCUGGCUCCGUUACACGGAACAUUCGCGCGACUCAGCAUCACUCGCACGAGUUGUUGCAAGUGAUGAAUACGCUCCGGGCCGCGAAAUGGGACAUGGCCGAGAAAGACGGGCACAUUGCAUCAUUUUCAUUCACGACACCCUUUGCGGGCUACGCGAUUCUGGCGGCCAUCGAUGUGGUGGGUGCGGGUGGUCUCGACCUGCAACUGAAGUCGACGCUCGAUCUCAUCAGCUGCGGCCUCGAGUCGUUACGCGAGCUCGCACGAUACUGGGACAGCGCACGGGACCAGGACAAGGCGUGCGAGAAGCGAUACUAUCAGAUUCACAAUGUGUUGAAGCAUCCCUUCACGGCACGCAGCGGGUGCUGGUUGGGGCGCGAGUGGGGAGUUCACUCAUCGCUAGAAAAGGAAUUCUCGGAAGAGGACGAUUGCAUAUAUGGCGCGGACGAUAGAUUGUACUUUGACGCAUUGCGGGAAGAUGAUCCGACGAGUGGAAAGACGCCCAGUAAUGCAGGCCAACGUACAGUCUAAGGCUGUCGUGUGUGGCAUAUAUCGACAGAGGAGGUUAUGUGUGUGUGUGUGUGUGUGUGAGUGUGUGAGAGAGAGUGUGUGUAUGUCCCCUCCCCGAGUCAGCUAUGGAGAGAAAAGAAAGAGAAA